AUGGCUGCAGACAUUAUUGCUAGAACUACCACUGAAAUAUUGGCACUUUAUUGUCCAAUAGUUGGUGCAAUAAAUAUUGUAGCCAAAGAAAUUUAUCAAAUCUGUGACGAUGCAGAAUGUAAUCAAAGAAUUUGUUCAAUUAUGGCGGGACGGGUAAAAUCAGCAGAAUUUGCUAUGGAAUCUAUUAUGAAUUCUAUAGGACAGAACCAAGAUAAUUUUCGUCAAAAGACUUAUUAUUUGGCAUUUAAAAGAUUUGAAAUUAUUUUGAUAAAUAUUAAAGAUUAUACUGAAAAAAUAUCAAAACUUAAAGGAUAUAAAAUAUAUCUUAAUGCAAGAGAAGUUAAACAUAAAUACGAAAGAUUAACGCAAGAAUAUGAUAUGUGUAUGAAAGAUUUGCACUUUGCUAUUGCUGUUGCCAAUAAAGCAGCUAGAGAUGAAGAUGCUCGAAAAGUCGAUAAAGCUUUAAAAGACAUUGAAAAUACUCUUAACAGUAAACUUGAUCCGAUAGCCAAAAGUGUAGACUUUAUGAAAUCUCAAAUGAAUAAUCAAUCAACCAGUUUCGUUGCUGAUAGAAUUGUACCAAAUGACUUAAAAGAUCCUAAUUUUCCAACUGAUGAUGAUAUUCGUGGACAUGUUUUUAAGAGGGUUUACCGCCUGAAAGAGGUUGCAUGCAAACCUAUUAGGGGUGACCUUAAUCAAUAUCAACAUGAAUUGGCAGUUCUCGGAAAAUUAAGUGAAACUGAAAAUAUUCUUCGUUUCUAUGGUCUUUCACAUAUUGAUAAUAUGGAAGUUAUGAUUUUUGAAUGGGCUUCAUAUAAAACCUUAAAAGAGCUUUAUGAUACUUUUGAUAUUCCUUGGACUAGAAAAAUACAAAUU